AUGUUUAGUCGAUCAUGGUAUAGGGUAGCUCCUACGUUAAAAGCUACUCAGCUUAUCAGAAUACAAGGCUAUGCCUCUACCCGACAGCAAGCACCACGUACUCAACGUUCAAAGAUACUUCGACGAAUUGGUCUCGGAGCAAUUAUUGCUGCCGCCAGUGGAGGGGCAGUAUACAUUAUCGAUAGGGAGUACAACUCGAGUCUUGCUACCAGAACUGUGAGGGCUUUGUAUGUACUUCUUUGGAUUGCAUAUGAGUACGGGUUCAAUAGUAAAAAGUACCCCAACUUGGAUGACUUGCACGAAGUAGCUAGUGAAAAAUUGCUACAACUAUUGGCAACAAAUAAAGGGCUUUACAUCAAACUAGGACAGGCCAUUGCUAAUCAAGGAACGUUGUUUCCCAAAGCUUAUCAGAAGAGAUUUCCACAGUUAUACGAUGAUGCGCCAACUGAUCCAUGGAAUAAAGUUGAUGCUGUUUUGAAACUAAAUUUAGGUGCCAAUUAUCAAGACGAGUAUUUUGAUUGGAUAGAGCAUGUACCUAUUGGAAGUGCUUCUAUUGCACAAGUGCAUAAAGCUAAGUUUAAUGAAAAGUUGGGCGGUCAAGAAGUGGCGUUGAAGGUGCAACAUCACUACAUUAGCAAUCAAGUUGUGGUUGAUUUAUGGGUUUACCAUUUCAUGUCAAAGGUGUAUGAAAAAGUGUUUGAUAUACCAUUGACAAUGUUUAGCAAAUUUAUUUCAGAGCAAUUGAGCACGGAAACAGAUUUUGUCCAUGAGAUGGAAAAUGCACAGAAAUUGCAAACCUUGAUUAACAAUGACCCGGAAUUGAGAAAUAUGAAUUUGAAAAUUCCAAAGAAUUAUCCCAAGCUAACCACCAAGCAAGUACUCCCAGCUGAAUGGAUUGAUGGUAUCCCGUUGACGAAAAAGGAAGAGUUGCUUCAAAAGGAAUUUGACCUCACAUUGAUGAUGACACAAUACAUCAAACUCUUUGGCAGACAAAUAUUCCGGUACGGAUUUGUUCACUCCGACCCUCAUCCAGGUAACUUGAUUGCACGAAUCAACAACAAGGGAAAGCAAGAACUUGUGCUACUCGAUCAUGGAAUAUACACCACGCUUCCUGAAAAAUUUAAAUUGCAAUACGGUAAAUUAUGGAAGGACUUGUUUCUACUAAACACAAAGGGAAUAGAAGAAAUAGCUCUUGAUUGGGGUAUUGCGUCACCUGAUAUUUUUGCAACAUUAGUACAACUACGUCCAGUGAAGAUGGACACGUCCAACCUGGAUGAGAAGGACACUCGUGAUAUCUCGGAUCUAUUCAAGGAUUUUAUUGGCGAUAGGCUGAAGUUUCCCAAAGAAUUGACGUUUGUAACAAGGACCAUGAGAAUGAUUCAGAGUCUUAAUCGAGAUUAUGGUUCUCCAGUUAAUCGUAUAAACUUAUUGACAAACGAAGCCAUUGCUGCAAUAUCAACCGAAAAAAACCUCACCUGGUCCGAUUACUGGGAUGUGGCUAGAAUUAAAUUGAGUAUGGUUUUCUCGGGUCUAAUUUUCAAAAUGAUUCGUUUCAGACAAUGGGUUUCUGGAAGCACGAAUGAGAAAAACCAAGGAUUAGAGGAUUACAUUGAGAUGUAUAUGGAAAACACCGCCAAGUCAUUAGGUAUAGAAUGGAUGUAG